UUCAAAUAGUACUAGUCGUUCGUGAGCGUGGCAUUCAAUUGCGCGUUACGAACGGGAAAAAGUAGCCGUUACUUUUACAGAUUUGAGUUCCAAAACCCCCUGAGAAUUCACUCUCUCAAUCACCAAAUCUUCCAUUUUCCAUCAGAGUUCCAAGAUUUUCUGGUUGUCUUUGGAUAAAUUUCACCGUGAAAUUUGCUGACUUCACAUUAAAGUUUCAAGAGAACAAGACCAGUAAGUUAAGAUGAUGGUUGGGACACCAAGUACACCAUUAUCUAAGAUACAAAGGACCUCUUUUUCUACUCCAGGUGGUCCAAAAGUUCGUGAGGAGAAAAUAUUAGUCACUGUUCGGCUUAGGCCACUUAGCCGGAGAGAACAAGCACUUUAUGAUCUAAUAGCUUGGGAAUGCGUGGAUGACCACUCCAUUGUUUUCAACAGUCCAAAUCAUGACAGGGCUGUAACUUCAUACACCUUCGAUAAAGUUUUCGGGCCAAGUUGUGCAACUCGAAAGGUUUAUGAAGAAGGUGCCAAAGAUGUGGCUUUAUCUGCUCUCACAGGAAUGAAUGCAACAAUUUUUGCAUAUGGGCAGACUAGUAGUGGUAAGACAUAUACCAUGAGAGGAAUCACAGAAAAUGCUGUAAAGGACAUUUAUGAACAUAUAAAAAAUUCCCCCGAGAGAGACUUUACCUUGAAACUUUCUGCAUUGGAGAUCUACAAUGAGACUGUUGUCGACCUUUUGAAUCGCGAAUCUGGUUCCCUGCGACUUUUGGAUGAUCCUGAGAAAGGGACAAUUGUGGAAAAACUAGUCGAAGAAGUUGUAAAGGAUGGCCAACAUCUGAGGCACUUAAUCAACAUUUGUGAAGCUCAAAGGCAAGUGGGAGAAACUGCUUUAAAUGAUAAAAGCUCAAGAUCUCAUCAAAUAAUCAGACUGACCAUAGAGAGCAGCCUUCGGGAAACUUCAGGCUGUGUGAAGUCCUUCAUAGCAAGCUUGAAUCUUGUAGACCUGGCUGGAAGUGAACGUGCUUCACAAACAAAUGCAGACGGUACAAGAUUAAAAGAAGGCAGCCAUAUUAACCGUAGUCUGUUAACACUUACAACAGUGAUCAGGAAGCUAAGUGGUGGAAAAAGAAUUGGUCACAUACCAUACCGAGAUUCAAAACUUACUCGAAUACUGCAAUCUUCACUUGGGGGAAAUGCUCGGACUGCAAUUAUAUGUACCAUGAGCCCAGCUUUAAGUCAUGUGGAGCAAACAAGAAAUACACUUUCAUUUGCAACUAGUGCAAAGGAAGUUACUAACAAUGCCCAAGUAAACAUGGUUGUUUCAGGCAAGAAAUUAGUUAAGCAUUUGCAGAAGGAAGUGGCGAGACUCGAAGCAGAGUUAAGAAGUCCAGAGCCUUCUUCAUUUUCAUGCCUAAGGUCUUUAAUAGCAGAGAAGGACAUGAAAAUUGAGCAGAUGGAGAAGGAAAUGGAAGAGCUAAAGCGCCAGAGGGACCUUGUACAAUCGCAGCUUGAUUCAGAAAGAAAGGCACACAAAGUCCCGAAGGGAAUGAAUCAACGUGGGCCUUCAGAAGUUGUCAGGUGUCUUUCAUUUCGUGGUGAUGAUAAUUCAACUUCUUGCAAGUCCACUCCAGAAACUCGACCAAGAAAUGCAAUUCGUCGGCAGGCAAUGGUUAGGCAAUCAGUUACCUCCACAAAUCCAUCCAUGCUUGUCCACGAAAUCAGAAAGAUCGAGCAGCGACAGCAGCAGCUUGGUGAGGAAGCAAACCGUGCACUUGAAGUACUGCACAAGGAAGUUGCUUCCCAUAGACUUGGAAAUCAAGAAACUGCUGAAAAUAUAGCAAAGCUACUCUCUGAGAUCCAGAACAUGCAAGUGCCUAACUCAAUCUCUGAAGAAACUAUGGUAGGGGAUCAGGCCAACCUAAUAGAAGAGAUCAGUAGAUUCAAAUCCCAAGGAAGCACCAUUGAAUCUUUAGAAAGGAAGCUUGAAAAUGUCCAGAAAACCAUCGACCAGCUAGUUACAUCCUUUACUACUCAUGAGGAGACUUCAGAUUGCAAAACGCCAUCAAAGAAGAAGAAAAUUCUUCCUUUCAACUUAAGUAACAGCACGAACAUGCAAAAUAUAAUUCGGCCUCCAUGCUCGCCUCUGUCCACUUCUUGUCAAGUUAGGGAGCAUGAAAGAGAGAACAAGGCACCUGAGAUUUAUGAUAGUGUACGCAGUGGUAAUUUGUCAUGUAAAGUCACCCCAUUAAAGAAUGAUGAAAGUGGUAUUUUCCUUUCUUCGAGAGAUGAAACUCCUGUUGCAAGGAAAUCAAAUUCAGUUAACGUAAAGAAAAUGCAGAAGAUGUUCAAGAAUGCUGCUGAGGAGAACAUUCGCAGCAUUAGAUCUUAUGUAACUGAGUUAAAAGAACGAGUUGCAAAGUUACAAUACCAGAAGCAGCUUCUGGUUUGCCAGGUAUUGCAACUAGAGGAGGCAAAUGAAUCUGAAGUUGAAGUAACAGAGUAUAGUGAUCCAUCUCCUGAGCCAUGGCACCUCAUGUUUGAGGAGCAGAGGAAGGAAAUCAUUAUGCUAUGGCACUUAUGCCAUGUGUCAUUGAUACACCGCACACAAUUUUAUAUGCUGUUUAAGGGUGACCCCAAUGAUAAGAUCUAUAUGGAAGUCGAGCUUAGACGGCUAACAUGGUUGGAACGACACUUGUCUGAUCUUGGCAAUGCUAGUCCUGCACUCUUAGGUGAUGAACCUGCAGGCUCUGUUUCAGCAAGUAUCAGGGCACUUAAGCAAGAAAGAGAAUACUUAGCAAAGAGGGUGAGCUCUAAACUGACGAUAGAAGAGCGAGAAAUGCUUUAUACAAAGUGGGAAAUUCCACCAGGAGGAAAACAAAGGAGGUUACAACUGGUAAACAAGUUGUGGACAGAUCCUUAUAACAUGCAACAUGUUAAAGAGAGUGCUGAGAUUGUUGCUAAACUGGUUGGCUUCUGUGAGUCUGGUGAGCAUGUUAGUAAAGAGAUGUUUGAGCUUACAUUUGUAUGCCCUUCUGAUAAGAAGACAUGGAUGGGUUGGAAUCUAAUAUCAAAUCUUUUGAAUCUAUAAACUUGUUUUUACACUGCGAUCCACUUUUUUUCCCCUCGUAUGUUGCUGUGUAAGCAUUUCUUUUGUCGCAAGCAGCAUUCUUGUAAUUAAUUUGCAAUUUUAAUGAAAAUGAAAAGCUUUGUUUUGCAAUUAAUUAGUGUUGAUUCUGGUUGUGACUCUUCCAUUGUUUUGAACUUUGUUCUUAAUAGAAAAUUUUAAAUAAAGUUAUUGCCGAGUGAUUGAGUUCAAACUUAUUUUUUCA